CAAUCAGUGUGUCCUCUGUUUAAUCACUGAUGCACGCAGCAGGUUUUUGGAGCCAUACCUGCGUUUGUUUCUCGUAGAUACCACUGGAAUACCUUCUACCUGACGGUAGGCCUAUUCAAACGGUUACACCAAUGAGUGACUUUUAGGUUUUAACAGCAGGCCGGUUCUUCAGAGAGAAGUUGGCUAGAAAAAAAUGUUCAAUGUACAUAAUUUCAUCCUCGUGUUGACGUCGUGUGUAGUGGUUUUACUUACAGUUUGCAUUUGCAUCGUUGAGAGCCGUCAGAUGUCGUCUUACUACGGUCCAGUACCCGAGCCGGAUCCCGGUCAGCCCUAUAACAAAUACCACUGGGUGAAAUCAGCCAUGGAUAAGCUUCAAACUGGGUGUCAAUCGAAGCGGGUCACAUCGGGGGAAAUUGCCCAUGCAGGAAGUAUCGAAACAGAAACUACGAGCUCGGAUGGGAAUGGUGGAAGUGAAGGCAUAUACCAACCGCUGGGCAUGGAAAGUGGAGGCAUCCCCGAUGACAGCAUUACAUCUUCAUCGUACCAUUCAGCAUUGUUGACCAGAUAUCCGCCGAAGCAGGCCCGUCUUAACUAUUACGUGUUGCCAUGGUGUGCACGAUGGAACGACGAUUCUCCUUGGAUUCAAGUUGACUUCAAUGAUAACUACGUGUACAUCACAGGCCUAAUCACAGAAGGAUAUCUUGACCCCAUCAUACCCUACUACGUCAUGACGUACACAGUUGCGUAUCCUGAUGGUCCAUCCUGGAUCGAUGUAAAGGCACAAGAUGGAUCACCCCAAGAGUUCACCGGCAAUAGCGAUGGGUAUAGCCCUGUGACCGUCAAGUUCGACGAAGCUUUGUACUCGAGUGGCAUACGUAUUCUACCCACUUCAUGGAAAGACAUGUCCCAAAACGAAAACUGCUGUAUGUAUUUUGAAAUACUAGGAUAUGUAAUUUGAAGGACAUGCGUUACUUAAAGGCUUAAAGGAACACGUUGCAUUGGAUGGGUCGAGUUGGUGUUCGAAAAGUG